GAUGUGCCAACAGAUGGCAACAGUACUACUGAUGCUAUACUAUAGACACUGAUGAAGAAGUGGGAGAUGUGUUUGCUAUCGAUUGACUCAAUUUGAAUCAAUAGUUGUUGUAUUGAUUUUGUGGUGAGAGUCGUGUCUUCAACUCUAACACUGUAUUCAUUGGUAGAUAUAUGUGGCAGACAUUGGCAGACAUGAAGAUGACAUUCAGGAAUAGUUGUCUUCACUGUCUUUACUAUGUUUUCCAAUAACUAAAACCAAUGUUCAAUGAAGUGACUGAUUGUCAGUAAAAAUGAUAUCAACUCUUGAUAUAUCAUCUCUAAGUAAAAUCUCAUCUCUGAAGACAAAAGCAAUCACUUUAAGUAAAUCUCACUUCAAAUAAAUAUCUCAAUAAAGCUAUUGUUUGUUUGAGUUGUCUUAAGCAGUGAUAUGACUGGUUAGACACCACUUGUUUUAUUUGGAUAUGAAUUUUGGUAAUCAAUAGUUUAAUGAUAUAAAAGUAUCACAAAGUGCUAAAUGAUGGCCAAAACGAACAAAUCUGAUGGUUGUCUGCAUUGGAGAGCAGACAUUGAUUGUGAUAUUAACUCAAUUGGUAUCAAACGAUUGUUUACUUUGUUUUUGAUGUUAAUGUGGACAUCGGGUCACACAAUGGGUACCGAAAAGAAUAGGUGUGAAGAGAUUAGUAUUCCUAUGUGUCGGGGAAUCGGAUAUAACAACACAAUUAUGCCAAACCAGUUCCAUCACGACACUCAAGAGGAAGCUGGUCUCGAAGUUCAUCAAUUCUGGCCAUUAGUUGAGAUUCAAUGCUCGGAUGAUUUGCGUUUCUUCCUGUGCUCUAUGUAUGCACCCAUUUGUAUGGAUGACUAUAAGGGAAGACUACUCGCCUGUCGAUCUGUUUGCGAAAGAGCCAAACAGGGAUGCGCUCCCAUUAUGAGACAUUAUGGCUUUUCAUGGCCUGAGCGCAUGGAUUGCAAUGAUCUGCCUGUUUAUGGCGAUAAGCAGAUACUUUGUAUGGACUCUAAAGAAGGCGCGACUCUCAAAGACAAUCGCGAACUCUCCUCCAAACCUAUUAUAACAAACCCUAAUAAAGAUGAAUCGUCGUCAAUGAAUACCAAUUCAGUAAAAGAAAAAGUAACGGUUCCAACCAAUCGCAGACCAAUAACUAAAGGCAGAGACAGAGGCGACCAAUUCUCAAGAACUGCAAAUUCGGGCAUUAAUUCAAACACUGGUAUCACACCAAAUGACUGUAAGUGCGAAUGCAGACAUCCACUAGUUUUGGCGCAAGACUUGAUGGACAGACGUUUCAACAAUAGAGUGGAAACGGGAGGAAUAGCCAAUUGUUUGGUUCCGUGCAAAGGUGUCUUCUUUACUAAAUCAGAGAAAGAUAUGGCCGUCUUUUGGAUCAACGUUUUUGCAGUCGUAUGCUGUGUCUGUACGAGUCUAACUGUGCUAACAUUUAUCAUUGAUAUGGAGCGCUUCCGAUACCCAGAGCGAGCCAUUAUAUUUUUGUCAGGUUGUUAUUUAAUGGUAUCAAUCGGGUAUAUAAUCAGGUCAUAUGUAGGCCAAGAAUCUAUAGCAUGUGAUGGUUCCCUCAUAAGAUAUCAAAGGAUAGGUCCGGCGCCACUACUAUGUGUCGUUGUAUUUCUUUUGAUUUACUUCUUUGGGAUGGCAGCCAAUGUUUGGUGGGUUAUCCUAACAAUCAGUUGGUUUUUGUCAGCCGGACUCAAGUGGUCUAAUGAGGGUAUCGCCGGGUACUCUCAAUAUUUCCAUUUGUUUGCAUGGUUUAUACCAACCAUAAAGGCAGUGAUAAUCUUAGGAGUCGGUGCUAUUGAUGGCGAUYCAUUCACUGGUGUUUGCUAUGUUGGGAAUCAGGAUCUGAAUAAUUUGAUGACAUAUGUGAUUGUCCCGUAUUGCACAUACAUAAUGGUUGGCCUCUUGUUUUUAGUGACCGGUUUUGUAUCGCUAUUUCGUAUACGAAAGUUAUUACAGGAGAGAGUAAAAGCCGAUAAAUUAGAGAAAUUAAUGCUUAGGAUUGGUUUCUUCUCAGUCUUGUAUAUAGUAUCCGGGGUUAUAGUUGUGGGCUGUCAUCUAUAUGAGUACUAUUAUCGCGAUGUAUGGCAACGCCAACAUAACUGCCGGUGCUCUGAAACAUCUCAAUUGCCAUACUAUUCAAUAUUUUUGCUCAAAUAUAUCAUGUGUUUGAUCGUUGGUAUAACAUCAGGGUUUUGGAUCUGGUCGGGCAAAACAAUCGAUUCGUGGACCCGACUCUGUUGUGGCCGAUUUUGUUGCGGUACCAGCUCUGGUAGUACCAGAAGUGGUGCCAGUCAACUUAUUAUCACAUCACAACUGGCCAUAACUAACGGUCGCAAUCUUAAGCAACAGUCAAUAGCCGGCAGUCAUAUCUCACACAACAAACAAAUACCAUUGUCUCACGUCUAACGUAUCAUUGAUUAGUGUCGACAACUCUAGUUAAGACAAAUUUUAUUGUCGACUAUAUUAUGGUUUAUUUGAUGGUUUGGCUGAUAUGAAAAUCGGUCAUUAAGUGCAAGCAAUGGGACCAACCAUUAUAUAUGUUGUAUACGUCAACUGAUUUUAGUCAUAAUUUAAAUAUUGAAACAUUAAACAGGGUAGUUUAUAUUUAUAUCGAUUAAUUCAUUAUAUUAUGUAUUAUUA